AUCUGUCCGCCCCGCCCACCCGCCGGCCUCUCCCCGCAGCCCCGCACCCGCCCGCGCCUCCCGCCCGGCUGCCCGGCCCGAGCGAGCGCCGGCUCCUGUCCUGUCGGGUUUUGGGGGCGUUGUGGUUGUUUUGCUGCUCGCCUGCAGCCCCGCUGUAGCGAGGCAGGGGACUGGCGGCAGACGGCUGUCCGGCAGCGCUCCGCCCCGCCCCGCCGUGCUGCGCGGACGCGGCUCGGCCCGGCGCUUCCCGCUGGCGGCGCGGCGCGGCUCCCGGGCCCGCCCCGUCUCCCCCCCGCCCCCUCCGGCCGGCGGCACGGGGCAUGGCGGCGGGUGGGCGGCGGCGGCUCCUCCCGGCGUGGAUGGUGGCGGCGAGGGACGAGCGGGCGGCGGCGGCGCCUCCUAAGGCCGCUCGGCGGCGGGCGGCGGCGGGGCCCAGGGCGGCGGCCGUGGUGCACUGCAUGAACGAGGCGGAGCUGGUGGACGUUGCCCUGGCGGUCCUGGCCGAGAACCUGGACCGCGAGGAGGAAGGUGAAGAGAAGGCCCCGGCCGGGAGCGGAGAGGAGCGGGAGCUUCAGCCACCACCGAGCGCGGCUCCCGCAGGCACAGCCAGCGCGGGGGCAGGCAGUGACCGCGGCCCCGCUCCGCCGGCCCCUCCAGCCCCUGGGGCGCGUGCCGGCGCGGCGUUGGCAGGCUGGGAGGACUCCGAGGACGAUGCUCUGAAAUAUGUCAGGGAGAUAUUUUUCAGCUAACGUUGCCUUCUCUGAGGCUCCCCGGAAGCAAAGGGGACAGUGGGGAGAGUGUCCCCUCCCCCAGCACUGAGGAUGGUGGGGGGACAGCCUGGCAUGGGCCGUGUAUCUGGCGUGUUGGUGGCUUGUGGAGCUGGUGGAGGCCAUGGGGGAAAAGGAAGGGGGUACUCGCUUCUCCCACUGUGUGCUGGGUUCAGUGGGAUUUGGCUCCAGAGUAGUUUAUGUUCAUUUCUGUUUGGCAUCUCAGAGCAUGGAGAGAUUAAAGAGGACAUGUGGGUUUC